AUGGCGCGACGGUACGAGAUCGAUGAGCUGAUAUGGCUCCGCGGCUCGCCCCUCGUCGCAAAGCCUCCUGGCCUGCCUCCAAUUGAAGAGUGGAUGCCUCAACCUGACCCAACAACCGCACAACGCAAAACCCAUGGCACCCGUGAUGCCAAUAAUCCGGCUGAAACUGAGGACAUCGUACUCGGCCCCCCGAAAACUGCCUUUGCCUCGUCUCGUAUUGGCGGCAAAGGCUCGUUCGACCUGACGGACCGACCAGCGGCGCGGCCAAACGAUUCCGAUGAAACGAAGAACGACCGAUUCAACUUCAGAGACCGGUUGUUUAAGGACCGCGAUGCCCCGGAUAAAGAGUUAGAUCGACGGGAGGUUAAGCCAGGGCCACUGACUGCCCGGCGUGGUGAGAGAGAAGACUGGAAUGCCGGGCGCCCACGUCGCACAUUCGGCCCGGAUGAGCAGGAGCGCAAGCCCAGACGAAACGGCGAAUUCGACAGAUGGGAAAACAAGGAAGGACCUCGCGAUCCCAACGUUGAACGGGUUCCCCGUGACAAAGAUGGCCGGUUCCCCACUCGGAAAGAAGGACAGCCCCCACGAUCCAAAUACGAAGGAAGCUGGUUCCGCGAUGAGCAGGCCCAAGAGGGCGCUGAUGCUGAUGACGAUAAACCGCCGUUGCGCAACCGAGAAUGGCGCCAAAACCAGACCCGGCACGGCACUGAGCGUGAGUGGAAUCGCGGCGGCAAAUUUGAACAAGAACCUGAAUGGCUGGAUGCCAAUGACCGAGACGAACCACGACGAGCACACACCCAGGAGGACUUUGAGCGCUGGAAAGAACGUAUGAAGGCUGGAUCUGGAUCAUCCGCACAAACCCCGGCACAUGCCGAGGAGAAGAGAGAAGCACAUGUUGAAGAGCAAAAGCCGGAGACUCGCCGUACUGAUGGUGAGAUCUUCAGCAAUUCUGGUGCUCAGUUCAUGUCCGACGAGUCGAUGGAACGAUUCUUCGGGCUCCUGGGUGAUUCGAAGGCUCAGCCUCAGCCUCAGACCCCAGAAGUCAGUACUCCUAUCACUGCCGAUCCAGUCCCCAAAAAGGAACCCUCCCCCUUUCCCGGAAAGCCUGGAAAGUCAUCUCGUUUUGCAGGUCUCUUUAGCCCCAUGCCAGAGAGCCCUGCCAGAGAGCCCGAGCCGAUGCCUUAUUUCAGUGCCCCGCCCCAACCCCAGCAUUAUCAACAGCCGCAGCCGGCGCCUGAGAGUAUGCCUUUCCCGUCGCACAGUGCGGACCAAGAAGGCUUCCAACGCAUUCUGCAGAUGCUUGGUGGACAACGUUCGGAGAAUUCUACGCCUCAUGAGAUGGGUUUGCCCCAGCAGCAACGGAAUAUCUCCAUGAUGCACGCCGAGCAGCAACAUGCCGCCCUAUCUAUGUCAUCUCCCUCCAGGGAACCCCCUCACCGAUCCGAUUAUAUGGGCGCUGGCCCCGAGAAUCCCAUGGCCCAAGUUGGCCCCAAGGAUCCCCAGGCGCUUGAGAGGGCGCACUUGCUUCGUUUGAUGCAGCAAGUCCGAGUCGGACCACCGUCUGCGGGUCAUCUACCCCAGCAGUCUCCCAACCCGGGUAUUGCCCCUCCUCCAGGUCUGAUGCCAGAAGGCAUGCCGCGCCCUCCGCCAGGGCUUUCUGCUCAAAAGACGCCGACUUUCCUCGAUGACCCAGCAAUUGCAAACAUGCAGCGACCAGAUAGCGAGCACCUCCGCCGGCGACCUGCAAAUGGUCCGCCUAUGGGAUUCUUUGACGAUAUGCCGUUCCCUCAGGGCAAUCAAGGCCCCAUGAACCCGGGUGGUCCUAUUACUCCUGGUGGCUCGCGGCCUCCUCAAGGCGCGAACCAGCCUCCCAUGCCGCUCCAGCGACCCCCCGGUCUCGAGCAUCUGCCACCCCCUGGAUGGACUGGCCAGCCGGUCCCGCAGCAGGGAAAUCUACCAAGCCCUAUGGGCCCUCCUCCUGGAAUAUCUACCCCGGGCCGCGGCAUGAACCCCAACUUCCCCCCUGGUAUGCUUCCCAUGCCCGGUAACGCGCCUCCAAUGAAUGAGCGCCAAGGCUUCCCUCGCGGCCUGCCUCCAGGCAUGAUGCCACCUCCGGGUUAUAUGAACGGCCCUCCCCCGGGCUUCCCUCCUAUGCCACCAAACCCUGAGGCCAUGAUGGGACUUGGUCCUGGUGCUCAGGGUCCCUUUGGACCUGGCAACCCUGGCCCACAGGGCCCUCCCCCUUCGUCUAGACACCUCCUGGAGAUGUUCGGUCAGUCCAACGGCGGUGAUGUCCGUGGCGGCAUGGUCGGUCCCGGCCAGUUCAGAUAA